AUGAACCAUCACCGAAGGAAACGGAGAACAAAACAGUCCACCACCACCACCGCUGAUGGUUUGGGACGAAGAAAAAGAAAGACGAAAGGGGGCUCAUCGGAGGUUACGUCAAACUACACUCAAUCAAUAUGCACUCCUAGAAAAAUCAAAACAAGGGUUACCUGUCUAUUUGUUGGAAAUGUCGGUCUGAUCUUCAUAAAGGGAAACUUGAAGGAAGUCAGUGAAGAAAUUGCCAAGUACAAGGUCAAAGCUCCGGUGAAUGUGGUUGUUCCACCCGACAACACUAGUCUUGAUCCAUCUCAGUCCCCUUUCUUCCAGGUUCUCAACAUUUCUACCAAAACUACAAAGGUACUGUGGAAAUCAUCACCCCUGUUGAGCUCAUCAAGAAGGGUGAUAAAGGUGGGAUCUUUCAAAGCUGUAAACUUGGCAUCAUGCUAUUCUCAUAUUGUCUUAUUGUUCUUACUGUGUAUGACAAUCGAUAUGUAUUUAGUCUUUAAGGUUCUUGAUUUGACCGAAGAAGACUUGAUUGAAAAGUUUGCUCUUUGUGUUUUAAAGGUGUUAAAUGGGAAAUUAAAUUCACAAGAAAGACUUGGAAAGCUCCAUCGAUUUUAG